AUGGCAACUAGGCUGAGCUUGCUGGAACCUUCGAUCAAACACAUCAUCCAUUUUUCACGCUGUGUGCCUCGUUCAAACCAUCUGAUUUCAUCAAGAAAAAAACAAUCAUGUCGUCACCACUCAAAGGCAAUUAUUGUGCACUUGUAUUCAUUCUACUGCUUGUUUUUCUCAUCAACAGCAUUUGCAGCGACCUAUUAUCUUUCACCCACUGGAAGUGAUUCCAACAAUGGCCAAUCCACUUCUACUCCAUGGAAGACCUUUAGCAAAGCAUUUUCGAGCAUGACCGGUGGAGAUGAAUUAAUCCUCUUGGACGGAACUUACUCUGUUGCUGCUGGAACUGGAACUAUCAAUUAUCAAGGAACCAACUCGGCACAACCUCCCUCAGGAACAAGUUUAAACACACCCACUCGUAUUCGAGCUCAAAAUCCAGGAAAGGUUUCUGUGCAAGAUGGAUUGUUCAUUGGAAGAUCGUUUCGUAAAGAUACCUAUAUUCAUGUGAAUGGAAUUACUUUUGAAGGAGACAGCUCCAUUUACAACUGUGAUUAUUGUACUGUGAAAAAUUGUGGAUUUCAUGGUUCGUUCUGGAUCGGUACCAAUGAUCAUCAAAUGGAUAAUCAGUACAAUUUGAUUGAAGAUUGUUGGGUAUGGGGAAGUCAGAGAAGAAUUAUUGCAGGAAAUUAUAGAGCGAAUUACAAUGUUUGGAGAAGAAUUGUGGUAAGGUAA